UAGAGUCCACAUUGGUUGUCAGCCACGUCAUUUGUGAUCCAAUAUUUUUUUCUUUGUUGUAUUCGAGAUAUUCGAACAGAAACAGCUAAUUCAAACAAAAAUUUGCUAAAUCGUGAAUUUUAAACCGCGUGUGGGUUUAGUUAAAUAAUAAACUAAGUAUCCUAUAACUUGAAACAAAUACAAUGAAUAUUUUUCGCCUCGCUGGUGAUUUGUCACACGUAGUGGCUAUUAUCAUUCUUCUUCUAAAAAUUUGGAAAACUCGGUCAUGUGCAGGAAUAUCGGGAAAAUCUCAAAUCUUAUUUGGUCUAGUUUAUUUAACUCGUUAUUUGGACUUGUUUACCGCAUAUGUCAGCCUAUAUAAUUCCGCGAUGAAAAUUUUGUUCCUGUCUGCAUCCAGCACCACGUUAUAUUUGAUGUAUGGCAAGUUUAGAGGAACUUAUGACCACAAUCAUGAUACCUUUCGCAUUGAGUUUUUACUGAUUCCUUGCGGUUUACUGUCGCUGAUCAUUAAUCAUGAAUUUACUCUAAUGGAAAUUUUGUGGACUUUUUCAAUAUAUUUGGAGUCUGUGGCAAUCCUACCCCAGUUGUUCAUGGUUAGCAAAACUGGAGAAGCGGAAUCGAUUACUAGUCAUUAUCUCUUCGCUCUAGGCUCUUAUCGUGCACUUUAUUUGCUGAACUGGAUUCAUCGUUAUAUUGCUGAAACUCAUUAUGAUUUAAUUGCGAUUUUCGCCGGAAUAGUGCAGACAAUAUUGUACUGCGAUUUCUUUUAUUUGUAUAUAACAAAAGUUCUAAAAGGAAAGAAACUACAAUUACCGGCAUAAACAAUUUAAUGUUUCGCUGUAUAGUGAGUUUAAAAGUAGACUUAUUAAGUAAUUUCCGAAUUAUAAUAAAUUACCUAUAUUUAAGAGAGCAUUUUAGAUUUAUACCUAUUUUUUCUUGAAUCAUUUAAAUGUAAUAUAUAAUUUAACAAUGACAAUUUGCAUUGAUAACAAUACUAUAGUUUAAUAAAGGUUUAUGUUAGACUUAGCUAACUUCUGCUACAUCA